CAAGAGGGUCCCAGGAAGGCCCCAAGAGGGGCCCAAGAGAGUUCCGUAGCCAUUUUGGCUCAAGCCAUUUUGGCUCAAGUGCCUCUGUCUCGAACAGUUGUGGAGCAGUUCUUUUCUCGUCUACUUCAGCUCUUUCCAUCGUGCCCCGCUCAUGAUCUGGCCUCGCAUGGGAGUUGCCGCGCUGGUCCUCAGCGCCCUGAACGCUUGCGUCGCCUCCGGCCUGCUGCCGUGGGAUGGUGACUUUGUUUUCGACGAGUUGGGGGUGGGCGAUCUUGAGGGAGACGAUCCGACUGUGGAUCCCUCGAUCUUGAGGUCUGCGAACUUGCAGCAUCCCUACCAGGCAACGUCGCCCGACUUCUACGUCAAGCUGCAAGACGAGAUGACAAAACGGCAUGCCGCAGUUGCUAAAUCUCACGCUGAAGCUCAGCACGGGCGCCCCCCCCCCCAACAGCAUCGACAUCGCUUUCAGCCUGACAGAGGGUGCCGAUCUCCCUGCCUGGGCCCACGACAUCCUCAGCGGAUCCUGGGGGAUCGGCCUGUCAUUGACCGUUUAUGUGAAGACGGAUGGGUUGUGCAGAGAUGAAGAGGUCGUGCUCGAGCGUAGACAAGGUUUCGAGAAAGUGGCGAUCGCAAAUCUCGGAAGGAACGAACACGCGUAUGUAAAACACCUGGCGCGGAGAUGCAAUACCUUUCCAGAUGUCCAGAUUUUGACCAAGACGAAUGGAGUAUCUCCCGACAUGAUAAGGUCCAUCGUGGAUGCAAAUCGAAAUGGUUCCUAUGGUUUCAUAUCCCACCCAUGGAUGUUUCAACGCCGUUACCUAACAGUGCGGUGCGACAGUGCGUGGGAGAACCAUGCAUUGUUUCCUGAAUUCUGUCACGGCAAUACGGGCAGCGGCACAAUUCGCCCUGUCAAGGAGUUGCCUGGCUGGCUGGAAAUUCGCCCUGCUAGAGUUCAACAGGAUUAUUGCGAUUUGAGUUGGCCGCUUUUCAACAGACAAGGGCGGCUCCCAUUCUUACAUGAAACUCACGGCGCGGGCACAUUCUCGAUUCGCCGCGAUGUGUUGGCACAGUUUCCGCACGAUUGGUACCUCACUUGGAGCAAUCUCACGUACAGAUGUGCCACGCCUGGCUACAUGGGAGCGCAUCACGACGAUGCCAUGAUGGAGGUUUUCCCUUUAGGGUUCAGCAAGGAAAGGUACAUGUCGGACUUUCCCGUGUACCACAUCUCGCCGAGCACUGUAGUCUUGUACGACAAGAAGUGACAGGGGGACCCGGGGGCCCGGGACCGCGGGCUCGACGGCGCAUGGGGGUACCGGGGCCUCUGGGGCGCCCCCGGGACUGCUCCCGAGGGCGCCGGAGGCCGCCAAACAGAUCAAGUGAAGGGGGGAGGAAGGGGGGACCAAUUGGAUAUUGUCUAUGGGUCCCUGCCUCUCGUGGACGGCAGGCCCCAGGGAGAUCAUUGGUGCGUCGUGAAUAACAAACAUAAGGAUUGCCACCCAGCUAGGCCUUGGACGUUGAAUAACGUCAGCUGCACUUUGCGGGUGGCCGCUUCGUUGACAGCCUAGACGUCGAAUGAAUUAUGCGCGCAGAUCAGUGUCUUACAUAUCCAGAACCGCUCAUGCAUCUUGACGCACUUUUGUCAAGAGGAGAGCGCAUCUUGACGCACUUUUGUCAAGAGGAGGCCGCCAAGCAGAUCUAGUGAAGGGCGGAGGAAAGGGGGACUAAUUGGAUAAUGUCUAUGGGUACCUGCCUCUCGUGGACGGCAGGCCCCAGGGAGAUCGUCGGUGGGCAGCACGUCGCUUUCCUUGCCGGGGCGGAGCCUCGCGGCGGAGCCUUGGCGAGAGCAACGCUGCUUUGGAGGCCAGUAGCACAGUAGGUGCAUGGACGCAGUUCCGCAACACAUCCAUGACUCCGACCGAUCUCCCUUGAUGGCGGGCAUCGAUCGGCUGGGUGGUGGGAUGUGACUCGCGGAGCCGCGGUGAGAUGAGUGUGAGGAGUUGGAAUCGGCAGUACUAUGUUCCUGAUGACCCGGCUGGGGUUUUGGGAGCCCGCUCACCAAAGUGAUUUGGGUCCAUCUCGUCAUGCAAGAAGACGAAAGUAACAAACAUAAGGAUUGCCACCCAGCUAGGCCUUGGACGUUUUAUAACGUCAGCUGCACUUUGCGGGUGGCCGCUUCGUUGACAGCCUAGACGUCGAGUAGGGUUUGCGCAAGUUAUGCGCGCAGAUCAGUGUCUUGUAUAUCCAGAACCGCUCACGCAUCUUGACGCACUUUUUUUUGUCACGAGGAGAGCGCUGAUCGACUCAA